ACUCCUUUAGAUUAGUCAUUCCAAUUAAAUGUGAAUAGAGUUUGUGUUGUAAUUAUGUCUACGCCUCUUGAAAAACCGCAAAUUAUAGCACACAUACAAAAAAGUUUGAACUACACGAUUUUUGAUAGCAAAUGGAUUCCAUGCAGUGCAAAGUUUGUAUGCAUGGGUAACUUCGCAAGAGGAACUGGGGUUAUACAAAUAUAUGAGAUCCAACGUGGAGAGGUUCAGCUCCUGAAAGAGAUUGAGAAAGCCAAGCCAAUUAAAUGUGGAACGUUUGGGGCUACAUCUCUCCAGCAACGACAUUUGGCUACAGGCGACUUCGAUGGAAAUCUUCAUGUUUGGAACCUCGAAGCAGCAGAAGUGCCCGUAUACUCCGUGAAGGCACACAAAGAGAUUGUGAACAGCAUCGACGGCGUUGGGGGAUUGGGUAUUGGCGAAGGCGCACCAGAAAUUGUGACUGGGAGCAGAGAUGGGACAGUGAAGGUUUGGGACACGAGGCAGAAGGACACGCCUGUGGCAAACAUGGAGCCAGUAGAGGGAGAGGCUAAGAGAGACUGCUGGACAGUUGCAUUUGGUAAUGCCUUUAAUGAACAAGACCGUUGUGUAUGUGCUGGAUACGAUAACGGAGACAUCAAGCUCUUCGACCUCCGCAAUAUGUCUGUACGAUGGGAGAAAAACAUAAAAAACGGAGUGUGCUGUGUUGAAUUUGACAGAAAAGAUAUCAACAUGAAUAAACUGGUUGCAACGUCUUUGGAAGGAAAAUUCCACGUCUUUGACCUGAGGACUCUGCAUCCCACAAAAGGCUUUGCCUCAGUUUCGGAAAAGGCCCAUAAAUCAACAGUGUGGCAAGUCAGACAUUUACCUCAAAAUCGAGAGAUAUUCAUGACCGCUGGUGGAGCAGGAAACUUACAUCUAUGGAAAUAUGAGUACCCAGCUCAGAGGUGCAAAAAGGAUGCCGAGGGGGUGGACAUGGGCGUGGCUGGGACUGUGAACCUGCUCCAGAACGUUACUCUGUCCUCUCAACCCAUCGCCAGUUUAGACUGGAGUCCAGAUAAACAGGGUCUGUGCGUGUGCACCGCGUUCGAUCAGUCGGUGCGAGUACUCAUCGUGACCAAGCUCAAUAGAGUCUGAGUCAGUGAAGUGGCUUUGACUCUUUCCCCACAUACAUUUCCCUAUCCCCAAAACACACAUUCACGGACAUGUUAGAGAGCAUACUUGUACAAGCUGGUUAAGAGAAAAGUA